AUGAACAUCAAUUUUCAUCCCAUUCCCAUCGUACCCACGAUGUUUUCUAUCAUCAUGGACUCGAAUAAUGCUUCCAAUACCACAAAUGAUACAGCUAAUUGUAUUCCUCUUGUGCUUGAUGGAUACCAUUAUAUUCCCUGGAUGUACUCGGUAUUAGGAGCAUGCAUCCGAACCCCAUUAGAGCAAGCCUCGUUUUGGAUUGGGCUGAGUAGUAUCGGUUUUUGGCUUUUCGCAAAUCUUCCACAAAUUAUUGAAAAUUAUAGAAAAUCAAACGCUGAAUCAUUAGCACCUGCAUUUCUUCUGCAGUGGAUUUUGGGAGACUCUUUGAAUUUAAUUGGUUCAAUUUUGGCAGAUCAAUUAGCAACACAGAUAGCGACGGCAGUAUACUACGUUCUCAUGGAUUUUAUUUUAAUUGGACAAUAUAUUUAUUAUAAACUCAAAGACAGGAUAAAACAAAAGAGAGCACAGAAUAAUAUUAAUAUUAAUGGUUUCGAAGAUGGUGAAAACAAUGUAAACCAAGUAGCAGUGACCUAUCUCGGUACAGACGAAACUCAAUCACUUAUUUCUCACAAUGGAGACGGAAAUAACAAUGUGCAAAACUAUAGCAAAAUUUUGGGCGUUUCUGCUUUGUUUUUCACAGCUUGUCUAUUUUGGAUGCAACAAUUUGGUUUCAGUACCUCUAGCUCUAAUUUUGGAGAACAUCGUGGAGUUGGAAGAAAAUUAUUGUCAGUUCCUGAGGACUUUAUUGACUAUAACGAUCAAUACUGGCCAAUUUAUGGAAAGGAUAUUGCUGGAUAUGUUAUUGGAUCAUUGAGUACUUGUUUAUAUCUAGGUUCUAGAAUUCCACAAAUCAUUAAGAAUUUCCGUAGAAUGUCAACUGAUGGAUUGUCUCCAAUUUUGUUUAUUUGUGCUUUCAUGGGCAAUACCACCUAUGCUGCAUCUUUGUUCCUCUACAAUACGAGUUGGCAAUUUAUUGUUUCAAGACUUCCUUGGAUACUUGGUAGUGCAGGAGUAUUGGUCAUGGACUUCACAAUUUUGUUGCAAUUCUUGUUUUUCAACGUGGUCCUCAAAAAGAAGAAAGAACUGAAUGAGGUUAAAUUUGAAAAGUUGGAAGAGGAAUCAGAUGUUGUGGAUGAAAAUAAAUAA